CCUCCAAUGUUGUAUACUCUGCUCCUCAACACUUCAUACUUUCUCCACAUAUUCAACUUAGUAAUUUUCAUACAGAGUUCGAAAAUAUUUAUUUGCCGUGAAAUGGGUAACGCAGACUACUCGUACCCGUCGGAGAAUGUCGAGUGUUCGCACCGUGUCGCGAUUCCGCCACCGCAACCAUUCACCAAGUCGUUUGCAAAUAAUCUCAAAGAAACCUUCUUCCCUGAUGACCCUCUACGCCAAUUCAAAAACCAACCAUUAUCCACCAAACUCAAACUAGGUGUACAAUAUGUGUUCCCGAUUUUCGAAUGGGGGCCGCGUUACAGCUUGAGUUUCUUCAAAUCCGACCUCAUAGCCGGAAUCACUAUUGCUAGCUUGGCCAUUCCUCAGGGAAUCAGUUAUGCCAAGCUAGCAAAUUUGCCCCCUAUUCUCGGCUUAUAUUCGAGUUUCAUACCGCCAUUGGUCUACGCCUUGAUGGGAAGUUCGCGAGAUUUGGCCGUCGGGACGGUGGCCGUGGCCUCACUACUGACAGCUUCAAUGCUGGGAAAAGAAGUGGAUGCAACAGAGAACCCUAGUCUUUACCUUCACCUGGCUUUCACAGCCUGUUUCUUUGCCGGGGUGUUACAAGCCUCUCUGGGCAUAUUCAGGCUGGGAUUCAUAGUGGACUUUCUGUCGCAUGCAACAAUUGUUGGAUUCAUGGCAGGAGCCGCCACUGUGGUGUGCCUGCAGCAACUCAAAGGGAUUCUUGGCUUGGAACAUUUCACUCGUUCCACUGAUCUUAUUUCUGUCAUGCGCUCUGUUUUCUCACAGACUCAUGAGUGGAGAUGGGAAAGUGCUGUAUUGGGAUGCGUUUUUCUUUUCUACCUUCUCGUGGCUAGAUACUGUAGCACGAAACGACCAAAAUUGUUCUGGAUAUCGGCAAUGGCUCCUUUGACCUCAGUCAUUUUAGGAAGCAUUCUGGUUUACUUUACCCAUGCUGAGAAACAUGGUGUUCAAGUGAUUGGACAUCUGAAGAAAGGGCUAAAUCCGAUUUCAAUUACCCAUCUGGCAUUUGGAGGAGAGUACAUGUCCACAGCUCUUAAAACUGGCAUUGUCACGGGUGUUAUUGCACUUGCGGAAGGGAUUGCAGUAGGUAGAAGCUUCUCCAUGUUCAAGAAUUACCACAUCGAUGGUAACAAAGAGAUGAUUGCUUUUGGGAUGAUGAAUAUUGCUGGCUCUUUCACUUCUUGUUACCUCACAACUGGGCCAUUCUCGCGCUCCGCUGUUAACUUCAAUGCAGGAUGCAAGACAGCAGUAUCAAACAUCGUGAUGGCCAUUGCGGUGAUGCUUACUCUGCUGUUUCUAACACCAGUGUUUCAUUACACUCCGAUCGUUGUUCUAUCAGCCAUUAUCAUUUCAGCAAUGCUGGGCCUCAUAGACUACAAUGCAGCCAUUCACCUCUGGAACAUCGACAAAUAUGAUUUUGUAGUUUGCAUGGGUGCAUAUCUUGGAGUUGUUUUUGGUAGUGUUGAGAUUGGCUUAGUGGUGGCGGUUAUGUUGUCUGUCCUAAGAGUACUAUUGUUCAUUACAAGACCAAAGACAGUUGUUCUAGGAAACAUCCCAGAUUCCAGGAUCUAUAGAAGCGUAGAUCAAUACCCCAAUGCAAACAAUGUUCCCGGAAUUCUUAUACUUGAGAUUGAUGCACCAAUUUACUUUGCUAAUUCCAACUACUUGAGAGAAAGAAUCACCAGGUGGAUUGACGAGGAGGAAGACAGGAUAAAAACUUCUGGAGAAUCAUCCUUACAAUAUGUUAUCCUGGAUAUGGGUGCUGUGGGUAACAUCGAUACCAGCGGGAUUAGCAUGUUUGAAGAGAUUAAAAAGACUUUGGACAGAAGAGGGCUUAAGCUUGUUUUGGCUAAUCCAGGAGGAGAGGUAAUCAAGAAGCUAAACAAGGCCAAGUUCAUCGAUGCACUAGGUCAAGAAUGGAUCUAUCUUACUGUGGGGGAAGCUGUAGGAGCAUGUAACUUCAUGCUUCACACAUACAAACCAAAAUCUACCACUGAUCAAUCAGAGCCAUGGAGCAAUGACAGCAGUAAUGUCUAGAGCUUAAUUAGCAUGAUCCAUAAAUGAAAACAGAAGCAAAAUUAGCUAGCAUAUAUAAAUAUUUAUGCUGCUGCUCCUGGUUUUGAUGUAUAUUAGUCUUUAAUUAUUUUACUCAAGCGCCAUGAUAUUAGCAAUAUAUAUGCUUCUGCAUUGAAUAGACAACAAGUGUGGAAUAUCCCUGUGCUAACACUUGUGAUGAAGUUGGAGAUUUUUUUUGUCUUCCAACAUAUUAUGUAAUUUGUAGAAUCUGCAAUCUUGUUUGCCGGAAAUGAAAUACAACAAGCCAACCAGGAUGUUAAGACUUAA